GCGAAAGUUGAGAUGGAGGCUGCAAACGCUUCUAUGGAGGGGAAUACAUUGUUGAUGAGGACCUUCAUCAACAUGUUGAAGAUCAUAAUCUGGUGGGACAUUGAAAACCUUGGAGUCGUUGAGAGAUGAGGGGUUUGGGGGUGAUAUUGAAAUUAGAAUUGUAGUGCCGUUCAGUGAUUGCGUUGUACCAAGUGUUUUGCUGGAAAAUAUGACGCUUUGUCGAGUUAAUAAUUUCCCAAGACCAACAGAUCCAAUGGAUCCAUUAAAAUCUGAUAACCAGAUCUCGGACGAUUAUAUCAUCGAUGACAUCCAAAAAAUGAUCGAUGCUAAAACCCCGCCUGUCAAUGUUAUGAUUCCAACCAGUGAUGGCGAUUUCGAAGAAAUUGUCUCUAAGCUGAAGAAGCAUGGACACACUUUCUUGUUGGCUUAUAACGAUGAUCGCAAUGCAGAGGGGGACUUGCCUUCGCAAGUGCUUGUCUCCCUUGCAGACCAGAGCUGGGGUUGGAGAACUUUUUUGGGUCUCGGUAAAAGUUCUACAGAUGCCAAUGUGCAAAUCUUGUGCAGCGACAAUGUCACUGCUUGUGGCACAUUGAUGUCACUAAGGAUGAUAACAUGUGUAACCGCUGUUUCUGGAUCAAAGAGCUUGGCUUGUUCUUACGUGAUUUUGAACCGAUAA